AUGUCGACGUUGAAGUUUGAUAGUUUUGUUCGGCCGUUUCGUGGAAAAGGUGAUAACCUUGCUGCGUUUUGGUCUAAGUUCCUGGUCCUUGGAGAACUGCACAAAUGGGACUCGGAGGAAAAACAGAUGGCGCAUCUGCCAUUGUUGCUGGAUGGUCCGGCGUUCCUGGUGUUUGACCAGUUGUCCGCAGAGGAUCGGAAGAAGACCGCGGCGGUGAAGGCUGCUUUGGAGGCUGCGUUCGCGCCCAGCCCGGCGGAGUCCUACCAUCUAUUCGUAGGGCGGCAGCUGGCCCUGGAUGAGCCUGUCGACGCCUACGUAGCAGACCUGACGCGCCUGCUGACAUUGUCAGGCCACAAGGUUGCUGCGGAUGGGAAAGACCCGUUGCUCGUGGAGCAGUUGAUCAGCGGUCUACCACACGAGUAUGGGAAAACCGUCCGGCUGGCCAACGCCAUGAAGAGCCUUACCGUCGCGGAGCUGACUGGACAGGUGAGGACGAUGCAGUCAGCGGCAGGGGUCGCUCAGGCGGUGGCUGCAGCCCGAUCUGGUCCCCCGCCCCAGAGUCAGUCGCUGAUGUGCUAUGGCUGUGGCCAAGUGGGUCACAUGCGCCGUAGCUGCCCGAAUCAGCAGCGUCGUGGCGGUGGACAGCGCGGUGGCGGUGGACAGCGCGGUGGCGGUGGACAGCGAGGUGGCGGUGGUGGGCCCCCGCAGUCGACUUGGCCAAGGACGACCACGGAUGCUCCAGCCAAGAGGAGUGGACCCACGUGCUAUCGCUGUCAUCAGGUGGGCCACCUGAGGAAAGACUGUCCUCAGAGGUCAGAUUCUGGACGUGUGGCCGCCACAGCACCAGCCCCGGCAGCGUCGCACCCGCGUACGAAUUUCUGCCUGGCUAUGCCCCGGCCUUCGUCGCAGCUGAUUCGAGUUGCAGUGGAGGUGCAGGUCGAAAACGCUCAUUGGAGCCGCCAAGCGUCGGUUGUCGACACGGGUUGCACUCGGUCCCUGAUCGAGUGGCCAGUUGUCCAGCAGCUGGGUAUGCAGUCCAGCCUGAAGGAGACCAGCGACCGGCUGAUCACGGUGGACGGCACACCCUUGGACGUCACCGGCAGCGUGGACAUGACGCUGAAGCGCGAGGAUGGCUCGGUCUACCUACCGACGAUCAAGGUUUCGUUGCUCGUCGUGCCGAACCUCGACGCCCUCAACACCGAUAUCGUGAUCGGAUCGGACAUCGUGUCCCAAGUUGGUGGUGUCAGCAUCUCCCAUGAUCAGCCGGGAGGCCAGUUAUCGUCUGUUGUAUUCGGCCCCGCACGUGACGUCGCCUCGGCCGGCGUGGCGGCUGCCACGGAGAAGCUGUCACGGCAUAUCUCGGUCAGCGACGGCGAUGGUCAGGUCACGCUGCGGAUGGACGACAUUGAGGCAACCUGGCGCGACGACCUAGGCUUCUGGGAAGCCACCUGGCGAUGGAAAGCCGACACGGAGCCGUCUCUUCCUCUUGGUUCUGGUGUUGGAGAAUAUCCGCGCAAGAAACUCAACCCAGAGCAAGAGCAGCAGUUCGUCAAGGAGGUCCAGAUGUGGCGCGAGAACGGCUGGCUGGUCCCGUACGACCGUGAAGCGUUCGGUGAACCGGCCUGUGUUCUUCCACUGAUGGCUGUCGACCAGGCUCACAAGGCGUCAACUCCCGUGCGGCCGUGUUUGGACUACCGCGCUCUGAAUGAGUGUCUCGUGUCGCACCCAGGCCUGGAUGCGCCGGCUUGCGGCCAGAAGCUGCGCGAGUGGCGACUCGGGGACGGUGAUUGUGCCCUCCUUGAUCUGAGCAAGGCGUACCUCCAGAUCCGGAUGGCUCCCCGUCUGUACCGCUAUCAAGCGAUCGUGUGGCAAGGAGAGUUGUUUGCCAUGACGCGCAUGGGGUUCGGCCUCAACGUCGCGCCGAAGAUCCUUGACAUGGUCGUGAAGUGGGUGACCAAAGACCUCGACGGCGUGGACAACUAUGUCGACGACUUGCGUGUGCCGGACUCCCAAGUGGUGGCCACGACCCAGCAGCUCGAGCGCUACGGCCUGAAGUGCAAGCCUGCCGAGAAGCUCCCUACUGCUCGGGUGCUGGGCCUCCAGCUCUCGACUCAAGACGGCACGAUCAACUGGCAACGUCGCCGUGACGUCUGCCUGCAGCUACCUGAGGCGCCCACCAAGCGCGCCGUGUUCAGCUGGUGUGGCAAGCUCGUCAGCCAUUACCCCGUCUGUGCGUGGCUGCGACCAACGACGAAUUGGCUGAAGCGGAUGAUCGGCGAAUCCGUCGGCUGGGAUAUCGCCGUGCCACCUCGUCUGCUGCAGCUCUGCCGCGACAUCCAGACCCAAGUCAACGAGCACGAUCCGGUGCAUGGCGUAUGGUCGGUGCAGCAUGACGACGCAACGGAGUGGCACGUGUGGUGCGAUGCGUCGGGAAUCGCGCUGGGUGUCGUGGUGCAAGUCAACGGCGAGGUCAUCGAGGACCGCAGCUGGCUGCGCCCGGCUGACGACAAACGGCAUAUCAACAUCGCUGAGUUGGACGCCGUCAUCAAGGGCCUCAACGCGGCUGCCAAUUGGCCUGCGCGGAAGAUCCGCCUCCACACGGAUUCCAAGACCGUGCAUGGCUGGCUUCGUCAGAUCCUCGGGAACGAGCGCCGCGUGAAGGUUGGCGGGCUCCACGAGCUGCUCGUCAAGCGUCGGUUGCAGAUCAUUGACGACAUCGUCGCAACAGCUCGCCUUGACGUGGAGGUGGACUGGGUUCCGUCAGAACAGAACCUCUCCGACCAGCUCACGCGCGUUCCGACGUCCUGGCUGGCCUGCACAUCGGAUAACAGCGUGACGGAUGUUGCUGCCAGCCUCGCCAUCAUGCCGAGUCUGUCGAUGGCCGAGAUCCUGGCCGGGCAGGAGGACGAUGGUGCACUCCAGGCAGUGAAGGCCGCAGUGAUCGCUGGGGACGACCUCCCGCCUGACAGCGGCUUCCGGAACAUCCGCGGUCAGCUGCAAGUUCAAGACGGCGUCUUACAGCGCAGCGUCAAGCUUCCGCCGAACGACGUCAAGUGCGUUCCUGUGCUUCCUGCUGCGCUGGAGGAGCGGGCCGUGCGUGCAGCCCACCAGGUGUCUGGCCAUAGUGGCUGGGAGGCGACGUGGCAGUUGCUUCGAUCCCAGUGCCAUUUCUUGGGCAUGGGACAGCGCUGCCAAGCGUUUGUGUCCGGAUGCAGCAGCUGUCAAGCCGCCAACCCACGCCACGGAGAGGCGACCGGGCCCACUCGUCCGGUAUCAGCCAACGGCCCCUGGGAUGUGGUGCACAUCGAUACCCUCGAGCUCGGCGUUAACCGGUCCGGGCGUUACCACUGCGUGUUGGUAUGCGUGGAUGCAUUCACCAAGUGGGUCGAGGUGGUUCCCCUCAAGCGUCAUGACGGCAUCUGUGUGGCUAGAGCUUUCGUCGACGUGUGCUCUCGGUGGGGUCCUCCUCGCGUGGUUCGAUCCGACAACGGCACAGAGUUCAAGAACGCUGUCAUGUCUUCCGUCUACGAGGCGUUCGGCGUUCAUGUCUGCUACGGCGCGGCACGUCAUCCCCAGUCGCAAGGCGUGGCUGAGAGGUUCAACCAAACCCUGUUGACCCUCGUGCGGAAGGUUCUGGAUGAGGCGCACGACUGGGAACAGGAGCUGGCGAUGCUCCUGUACUACUAUCGGAUCCGGCCACACAGCGCCACCAACGUCUCCCCGAUGGAGGCCAUGGUUGGUUGGCAUCCCCGUGGCUUGGUCGUGGAUCGGCCUCAGCACUCGUAUUCAGCUGGCUCAUGGGUAGACGACCUCCAGCAGCGGGCAGCGGCGAUGCGAGACUACAUCGAGUCUGCGCUCGGCCGCUUCGACUUCAUCGACGAGCCGACACCGAGCCGCUUGACUGUUGGCGAUGCUGUCAUGCUUCGCCGGCCUCAGCGCUGCCAGAAGCGCCUAACCCCGUACGAGCCUGGUUGGCAAGUUAUGUCGAUCGUGGGCCCCUCGACGGUGGUGGUUCAUCGGGUCGACGGCACCGGCCGUGACAAGAUCGUGAAUGUCGACUUAUUAAGGCGUGCCGCCGAGGACGAUCUGCCGCCCCCGCCGCCCGUCGCUCCGGGUGCCAGCGAUGAAGCCGAGUCGGGCCCUGUUCCGUCUCUGGUAUUGAGCGUUGACCCGGUCACGCCGCCGCCUGCUGCAGGCCCAUCAUUGCGCGACCGGUCUACGCUCGUGCGACCUGCUCGAUAUUGA